AUGUCUCAGGAUGUAGCUGGAGGCGUGUUCGAACCAUUUUGGCUUGAUUUCCCUCAUUGCGAUAUUCACUUGGCUAUCACAUCUGACGUGCUUCAUCAACUCUAUCAAGGCAUAUUCAAGCAUAUGGUUGAGUGGUGUCAGGAGCUUAUGGACAAAGAAGAAUUGGAUAAAAGACUUAGAACUCUCCCUCCUUGUUAUGGCGUCCAUCACUUCUACAAGGGCUGGUCUGCUUUGGGUCAAGUCGGUGGAAAAGAGAGAAAACAUAUGGCUAGGGUGCUAUUGGCUUGCUUGAUUGGCAAGGUUCCAAGAGGUGUCAUCCUGUCAUACUGUGCCCUCCUUGAUUUCAUUUAUCUUGCCCAAUAUCCCACUCAUGAUGACAACACUCUGGAAUAUAUGCAACAGGCCUUACAAGAUUUUCACCUUCACAAGGACGUCAUCAUUAAUCUGGGUAUCAGAGACCAUCUCAACAUUCCGAAAUUCCAUUCCCUGCAACACUAUCUGGAAAACAUCCGAAACUUUGGAACCACUGAUAAUUAUAACACGGAGAUGUUUGAAAGGUUUCAUAUCGACUUUUGUAAAGAGGGGUGGUAUGCUUCCAAUGGAAGAAACGAAAAGCCUCAAAUGAUAUUGUGGCUAACUAGAAGAGAGAAGGUAGCAUCAUUUCAAAGCUAUCUCAAGAUGUCUAUGGAGGAUGAAGAAGACGAGUUUGCUCACUCAAGGUUUAGAGAUCACAGAGUUAUCCUCACCAAACAUCCUCAUCGUGUUCACCAAAAUAUUUUGGACGUCAUGCAGAAUCAUGUUUGCAAAGGCUUCAAGAAAGAUCUCAUCACCUAUCUUAACACUCAGUUGGCUCACUCUCAUUCACGCAGACAGCUCAGAGAUAUGGAUCUUCCUUUCACUCAUAUCGACAUCUAUCAUGGAUUCAAAUUCUGUCUAGACUCAUUAGGCAAUGACGUUGACUUUGAUCAAAUGGGCACAACCACCUAUUUCUCAUAA